AUGGAAAAGAAACUUCAAGCAAAAGAUGAAGUCAUUGAAUCCAAAGACAAAAGCAUACAGAAAAGAAUACCACGUUCAGUACCAAAAGGAAAGGAAAAGAACUAUAAGUAUAUGAUUUAUACUGAAGAGUUGGAGAAUGAAGAAGACAGAGAUAUGGUUAUGUUGCAUUUAGUCAGAAGAAACAACAAAAGCUUUUAUGACCUUGCUAAAAUAUAUAAAUCUGACAGAAACUGGUUCUAUCGUGAAAACUUACCGAUUUCAAUGACACCGAAUGAGCAAAUAAAAGAAAUUGUCAAAAAUACUCUUCCUCAAACACACUAUGACAUCAAAGGUUGCACAAUACUUACCUUCAAAGAAGACUUACCAUUACUGAAGGAAAAAAUAACAGAAUAUUUCGACAACUUCAAAGAGGAAGAAUGA